UGCACACAUGCCGACAUGCUGUCCAGGUACAUCGCCGCGCCCCGCUAUCCCGUCCGGCUACAUCAACGGGCGGUCGACCGCAGAGAAUAACCAUCGCUUGAGUAGGACCGUCCGAUCGCCCCUCCCGAAUCCGGUCGUCGAUACCGCGGAGAAGCGUACAGCCACUCCCCGCUUGCUCCCCACAUCCUCGUCGGCUCGUCGCGCGUCCCCACCGGCCUCCGCCUCCGCUUCGGCUCCUCCUGCUCCUCUCCCGCCGGACUCCGGCAGCGGCGCCUUCCCCGAUCCAGCUCCCAGCCUCAGCUGCCCAGCCAUUUCCACCGCGUGCCGCGCAACCGUGGUCUCCCACCUGCCACCUGCCUUCGCAGCUGUGGCCACUGGCCGAUGUUCGCCUGAUUUGCCCCGCGCAGCGGUAUCCUCGAAUCCAAUGGAGAAGUCGUCGUUCGCGUCGGCGAGCUCGGGCGAGCUCACCGCCGCCGUUUACGGAGCAGGGAGGCCGGUGAGGGUGAUACCGCUGCGCCACCCACUGGAUGCGGCUGUGCGGGAGGCGGCCGCCUCCUCCUCCCCGUCACCGUUGUCGGCGGCGAUGGAGAGGGCGCGGGCGAUGGGGCCGUGGGAGUGGGCGGAGGCGGCUCUCCCGUGCUUGGCGUGGAUGCGGAGCUACAGAUGGAAGGACUUCCAGGCCGACCUCGCCGCCGGCAUCACUGUCGGCGUCAUGCUUGUGCCUCAGGCAAUGUCAUAUGCAAAGCUCGCUGGGCUUCACCCAAUUUAUGGGCUCUACACAGGCUUUGUCCCACUAUUUGUCUACGCGAUUUUUGGGUCCUCACGACAAUUAGCAGUAGGCCCAGUGGCACUUGUUUCUCUGCUAGUGUCCAAUGUUCUUGGGGGUAUAGUUAAUUCAUCUAGUGAGUUCUACACGGAGUUAGCCAUAUUAUUGGCAUUCAUGGUUGGAAUAUUGGAAUGCUUGAUGGGAUUGCUAAGACUCGGCUGGCUUAUUCGUUUCAUUAGCCAUUCUGUAAUAUCUGGAUUCACUACAGCUUCGGCCAUCGUAAUUGGUUUGUCCCAAAUCAAGUAUUUCUUGGGUUAUAGCGUUACAAGAAGCAGCAAAAUUAUACCACUUGUUGAGAGUAUAAUUGCUGGAAUAGAUCAGUUCUCCUGGCCUCCAUUUGUAAUGGGAUCAGCGUUUCUUGUUAUUCUUCUAAUAAUGAAAAAACUAGGAAAAACGAAUAAAAAUUUACGUUUCCUGAGAGCUUCUGGUCCACUAACAGCUGUUGUUCUUGGAACAUUGUUUGUGAAAAUAUUCCGUCCACCUGCCAUAUCAGUGGUAGGUGAAAUACCGCAAGGCCUUCCCAGUUUCUCCAUUCCUCGAGGAUUUGAACAUCUGAUGUCCCUAAUGCCAACAGCAAUACUUAUCACUGGUGUUGCCAUUUUGGAGUCUGUUGGGAUCGCUAAAGCGUUAGCUGCGAAGAAUGGUUAUGAGUUGGACUCCAAUAAAGAGUUAUUUGGCCUUGGCCUAUCAAAUAUAUGCGGUUCAUUCUUCUCUGCAUAUCCUGCUACAGGCUCCUUUUCUAGGUCUGCUGUGAAUCAUGAAAGUGGGGCAAAGACUGGAUUGUCAGGAAUCAUAAUGGGCAUAAUAAUUUGCAGUGCUCUCUUGUUUAUGACACCAUUAUUUACUGAUAUACCUCAGUGUGCAUUGGCUGCCAUUGUGAUUUCUGCUGUCACUGGCCUGGUAGAUUAUGAAGAGGCCAUCUUCCUGUGGGGUAUUGAUAAGAAGGAUUUCUUUCUGUGGGCGAUGACGUUUGUUACAACCUUAACUUUUGGCAUUGAGAUUGGUGUCCUUGUUGGGGUCGGGUUCUCGCUGGCAUUUGUAAUCCAUGAAUCGGCAAAUCCGCAUAUAGCUGUUUUGGGCCGUUUGCCUGGCACCACUGUGUACAGGAAUACAUUGCAAUACCCUGAGGCUUAUACAUACAGCGGGAUUGUUGUUGUCCGUGUUGAUGCGCCAAUCUACUUUGCUAAUAUAAGUUACAUAAAAGACAGGUUGCGUGAGUAUGAGCUCAAACUCCCAAAUUCAAACCGGGGACCUGAUGUUGGAAGGGUGUAUUUUGUGAUCCUCGAAAUGUCUCCUGUUACGUACAUCGACUCGAGCGCUGUUCAAGCUCUCAAGGACCUGCACCAAGAAUACAAAGCACGCGACAUCCAGAUUGCUAUAGCGAACCCUAACCGGCAGGUGCAUCUACUGCUGUCAAGAGCGGGCAUCAUCGACAUGAUUGGCGCAGGGUGGUGUUUCGUCCGAGUGCACGACGCGGUGCAAGUAUGCCUCCAGCAUGUGCAGAGCUCAUCGUCGAAUGCCAUCAAGUUAUCCCCACAGGCGUCUGGGAACUUGACUGAGUCUCCCAAGGCGCAGCAGCGGUAUGGCUUCCUGAGGAACCUCUGGCAAGCACAAGACGGGAAUGGGAGCGCCGGUGACGAGGCCCAGUCGUUGCUGCGCCAAAACCUUGUGUAGCCAAUUGUAUUUGUGUUGUUGUGUAUGCAUAUAGACUGUUCAGGAAAAAAAAUUAAGGAUGUAAUUAGUCAGUCCUCCCUUGUUUUGUUGUUAAUAGAGUGGGAAUUUAGGACUGUGUUGUAAAAAUACAGUGUAGAUACGUCAGUAGCAUCUCUUGUCGAGUCACCAGUUAUCUGUAUAAUAACAAUGUAAUCUGUAUCACAACUCCACGGGGUAGCGAUCUGGCUACCGUGAAAAUUUGAGAUUCUUGCAAGAGAAAAAAAUGAUGAAUGUAUAUGCUGCUGCUGUUUCAGUUC